AUGAUAAUUUUGGGAAACGGGAAACGUUUAACCGUGGAUGAAGACCACAAGAGUAAGAAGAAGAAAAGAUCAGUAGUUAAGAUCGAUGAUGCUUGUUCACCAUAUUUCCCUGAGGAACUAAUCGAAAAUAUUGUGAUCCGAUUAGAAGCAAAGGGUCUAUCCAGAUUUAGCUGCGUCAGUAAGAAAUGGUACAAUUUUAUUCUUAAAGAUUCUAAAUUUGCUUUUUCUCAUUUUAUUCAAAACUCUAAAAAAUUAAACCUAAUCUUUAAUCUCCUCAACGUACCGGUAUUAAGAGAUACGAAUGGCUCCAAGGAGGCUUAUUUAUUCAGUUUAGAAGAAGAAGAAAAGGAUAAUGAUCUUCUUAAGUAUAAAUUAUUACCGGGCACAGGCUACCAUGAGGUAUGUGAACUAGUAGGUUAUUGUAAUGGUUUAGCUUGUGUUAAGUUAGUGACUCAACCUACGGAUUGUUACGGUGCAAUACAUGUCAUUAACCCCACCAGAAACGAAGCACUUGCCCUCGCCUAUAUAACUCCUACCACUCAGGGGGGUAUAACUGCACCUAUCUCUGUCAUGGUUUUGGUUUUGAUUCAACAUCGCAGGAGUAUAAGGCGGUACUAA